AUGCCACAUGACCUCACGUCACAAGAAUCUUCAAGUGAAGAUGAAAAUUUUACUGAUACAAAAGAAGAUUCUAUUAAUUUUACAGAAAAAAAUAUGUUAUUUGAAAUUAGUGAUGUUUUUAGUUCAUGUAAAGAAGAAUGUAAUCCAAGAUUUUUGAGUACAAUGAUAUAUAUGAUAUUAACGCAUUUCGACAUUUCGUUUCGUGAUGCAGAUGCAUUUCUAUUAUCAAUUGGUGCAACGACAGCAUAA